UAACUUAUAUCUACGUCGAGUGUUAUUUUCGUGCUAUCAUUACCUCGCAUCAGGCAUCGCAAAAAGUGGUUCAGGGUUUACUUCAUGUCCAAUAGUACUGCUGCAGCUUCAAGAUGAAGUACGUUGGCACAAGAUCAGACGAAUUUGGCAAAUUUUCGUUCGAAGAAGCGAUAUUCUCUCCGGGCUAUUUACCAGACGGAGGGCUUCUCAUACCCGAAGUUAUCCCCGAGCUCUCGGCGAGCUCUCUGCAAGAAUGGUCCUCACUCUCGUACGCCCAACUCUGCAAGAAGAUAUUCCCGCUGUUCGUCGGCGAAGAUGAAGUCCCGACUUCUGAUUUAAAUGACAUUGUUGAUCAAGCUGUUGCCAAAUUGAAGCAUCCAAAAGUGAGCAAAGUGACAAGGUUGUCCAACGGCCUGAACGUUGCAGAGUUAUUCCAUACCAGGACCCUGGCCUUCAAGGACCUGUCUAUGGUGACCCUGGGCCAGUUCAUGAAGUACUUUCUUGCAAAAAGGAAGAAGAAUAUUAUCCUUAUUGUUGGCACUUCGGGGGACACAGGAAGUGCAGCUAUUGAAGCCAUCAGAGAUCAUGACUACAUCGAUUUCAUUGUACUGGUACCUCACUGUUCUCGGCUCCAGAAACUCUCCAUGUUCACAGCCGUUGAUAGGAAUAUCCACAUCUUCCAUGGACCCAACAUGUCUUCUGAUGAUUGUGAUGUUGUGAUCAAGCCUGUCAUGACCGAUACUGCUUUUAAAGAGCGUCAUGAGCUUGGUACUCUCAACUCCAUCAACUGGGGCAGGGUGAUGGGUCAGAUUGUUAACUACUUCUUCACCUACUUCUCCAUGUGUCCAUCAUGUGACAAGGUUGUCGAGAUGGUCAUUCCUACAGGUGCCUGUGGCAAUAUGACCGGUGCAUGUAUAGCAAAGAAGAUGGGACUACCUAUCAAGAUUGUGUGUGCUGUCAACAGUAAUGAUAUCGUCCACAGGACAUUCGGUCACAAUGACUACUCUACGAAUGAAGUAAAGCCCACCAUCUCCCCAGCUAUGGACAUCCAGAUACCAUACAAUGUGGAGAGAGUGAUGUGGCUGUUUUCUGGGGGAGACCGCGCCCACAUCAAGGACGUCAUGUCCAAAUUUGAGAAGGAUGGAAAAGCAACUAUGGAUUCCGUUCUUUGGAAAAAGAUACGAGAGACUGUGAGCUCCUACUCGGUGGAUGAUGACACGGUCAAAGAGACUAUAAGAAGAUGCUGGAAAGAAGAAUCCUACGCACUUUGCCCUCACACAGCUAUAGCUGUUGCUUACUACUACCACAAACUUGCUAACCCAGACCCCAGCUCUCCAUCCAUCAGCGUCUGCCUAGCAACCGCAUCGCCCGCCAAGUUUCCCGAGGCGAUGGAGGCUGCCGGCCUACCCGACGUCGCUUCAGAAGAGGUGGACAGGUGGCUGUCGUUGCCAGCUCGUUUUUCCAAGCUGCUGCAGGACGGGACGGAGGAGAAGGUUCUACGAGCCAGGAUAGAGGGCAUCACAGCGGCCAGGGAGGCGGGUCUGACGGGGGAUCUCUAUGAAAGUGGCCAUCUGGUUCUCUAAGUGCCCCAGCCUGAAGACCAGGGUUGGUAUUCAAUUCAAUGAUUACCGGUAUGUCAGAAAUAUGAGUAUUGUACUCUAGAUUUUAGUUCAGAUAAAAUACUUGGUCAACUUUGGUAUCCAGGUUAGUCCUUUGGUUAAGCAUUUUGCCCUAAGUUUAUUUUUGAUUAACCAUGUGAAUUUACAAUGCUUAUAGGUAAUUUAUUUACCUAAACGUCAGCUUGCUUAAGUAAUAUGCUCAUAUGUUAUCUGAAUAUUAGUUCAGACAUAUUACUUAGCCAAGCAAAAUGCUAAGUAAAAUACUGACUUAAAUCAGUGUACUGAAUUGAAUACGGCCCCUGGGCCUUCUUACAGUCUUAUAGGCUCAGACUUUGUACAAUCUUAUUUCCAUGGUGAUUAUCAUUUAAUACUUAUAUUUUUUAAUAUGUGCAUUUACUGUCAAUUUUUUUCAAUUGUUUAUUUUCACUAUUUCAAAUAUUCUCUGAAUAUAGACAUUUUAGAACAUUUCUGUUUUUUGUUGAUCAUGUAUAUGUAUACCGGCUUUUAAUUGUGGGUGAAGGUAAAUUACCAUUUAGCAAUAAUGAGCAAUAGUUGAAUAAAAGUUCUUCAUAUUUGAAAUUAUGUAGAUAUUCCUUGAACUUGAAUUUGAAAUAUUUUAGAUAUUCUUUGAAAUUAAUAGAAAUUCAUCUAUACCUCUUUACAAAAAUGUUCUCCACUUUAAUACUUUCCAUGGAGAGUCUUUGUUAUAUGUUAUUAUUAUAUAAAUGAAAGCCAAUUAUGGAAACUGAGAUGGGUGUGUAACUUUAUUUUUGUAUGUGUGAAUAGGCAUAUGCUCAAAAUAUAUUGUGCCGCCAUAUAUCAAAAGUAUCAUUAUAUAACUUUAUAAUAGAUAAUUUGUAUACCAUGUAUACCAUCACAAAAAAGUGUGUGCCCUUACUGCUAUCGCUGUGUGAUGUCAUUGUAAUUUUAUUGAUCGUCUGUACUUAAGAUUAUGACAAUCUUAAUUUGAUUGAUUUUUGUUACUUUUCUCAUGAAAAGUGAAUGAAUUAUUUUGAAAGAAUAAUAGUCCUGUUUAUUUGGAUAUCUAUCAACGAAGAGGUGUUGUGGUCUAGUGGAUAACUGGAUAUGUCACUUGACUGUGAAUCACGUGGUUUGUGGUUCAAGUCCUAGCUACAUAUUUGUAGACAAACCUCCAUUGUGAAUUUGGGCCAUUGUGUUUGUGCCAAAAUUCAACUGUGUGUUUACAGCACCAAGUGUCAACCUACCAUCAGUCAAGUUUUCUGUCGAAAUUUAAAGGGCAUUUCAUUUGUGUUGAAGCCGAAAAAUAAGAAAAAACAAAGUGGCGAAAGUUUGAAAGGAAUCAGACAAAUUAAGAGAAAAACAAAAACAGAUUAAUAAAUCUACGCAAAUCUCAAACUGGCAAUUUGGUCAGUGGAUUCAGAUGUAUUCAUGGUCCUUAGUUUCUUUUUCUCUUUUUGUUUUCCUGCAUGGCUUCUUCCCUUUGCAGGGGCAAUACUUGAAAUAUAUUUUCGGUAGUAUAUUUACUAGUAUAUGUCCUCCAAAAAGAAAAGAUUCUCCUGAGUAAAAUAUAUUGACACUUUGAUUUUCUGCUUUAUUUGCGAGCAACUUGAAGAUUUGUUUAUUCAUGUCAGAUAUGGUAAAACAUAAAAAACUUGCAGCCGAUCUAGAUCAUGAUAUACGAACCAAGAAUUUCAAUAGCAAAGCUAGUUAUAGUCUCGUCUAGGUCCAAUCUCUUCUUGGGCCCCUUAUCAUUACUUAUCGCGACAUUAUAUCAUUAUUGAGGUUAUGGUGUCGUCACAUUUUCAAUGGAAGAACAUGGUGAUGGCAAUGUGAUUUAUAAUUUUCAAAUUCCUAAUAUUCUUGCCGAUUCAAUACAAAUUUCUAAAAUCUUGAAGUACACAUGCAGUACUUUUGUGUUUCAUGAUAUUUUCAAAAUGAAAUUUUCACAAAUAGCAGUUUGGUUCACUGAAAUGCUACAUACCUCAUAGAAGUUGUAUAUGAUUAUGAAGAGAUGAUUUUAACAAUAAAGUAUUAUAUUAUUCCACAGUGGUCAGUUUCUUAAAUAAAAUUGAUUUUAUUUUGUAUCAGAAA